ACUUCUUCACAAGUGAAACCAUAACCUCAUAGAACGAUAUAAUAGCUCUACUCUCCUUCUCGUAAGUUUCAUGGCUGCUACAGUCGACCUGGAGCAGUGUAAACACUGCACUAAAGAAGUUGCUAAGGCGAAUCUGGCCAUGCACGAAGCUCACUGCCAGCGGUUCCUCUGUGUGUGCCCUGACUGUGAUGAGUCAGUAGCUAAGGACCAGCUAGACGACCAUCGAGUGGAACAACACACUCUGGUGAAAUGUAAGAAGUGUAAUAUGAAUAUGGAACAACAGAAACUAGGAGACCAUGAGACAAAUGAAUGCCCAGAAAGGCUUAGGAGCUGUGAGUUCUGUGAGCUGGACCUUCCGGUCAACAGUAUGAAAGAACACACGGUGGCAUGCGGCAGUCGCACAGAGCUCUGCCCAGACUGUAACCAAUAUGUCAUGCUGAAAGACCAGCUCCAUCAUGCCCAGAUCUGCUCCUCUGCACUCGCCGAGAAACACUACUCUAAGAAAGAGGAAUUAAUUUAUGAGUACAAGAAGCCUCUUCAAGCCAGUUAUUUGGAGGACUCUAAGCUUGCUGUUUUAUCACGUGAUCUAAGUGAUCUGCACACUAACCCGAGCAGAGACCCCAAGUCUGACCAACGUAGUCCUUCAGACUUGAAUCUUUCAUUCUCAGUUCUGGAAAAGACAAAGAAGAAUGUGGCUACUGGCUGGGCAGAUAUUGAUCAGAUCAGUACCUGUUCACAGUGUCAUCUGGCACUUCCGCUAAGAACACUUCAAUGGCAUGAGAGCAAGUGCAAGAUUUUUGAAAGUCUGAAACUGAUGAAGCCUCAAAAGUAGGGCUGACCAACAUGGAUGCCAGGACAAACGCAAGUGUUCUGUAACCCUCCUCACCCAGCCCCCAAAAUAACAAUAGUGGAGUUAUGAGUUGUUGUGGUGAAUUAAAUAGUUACAGUGUAUUGUACAUUUGUAGUAAUAAUGAUAACAUUAUAUUAUUUUAACUGUCAAACAUCGAGAUUGAAAUAAUUUUUUUUUUUCAGUUGAGCUUCAUAUGCUACAAUAACAGAUUGGUUUAUCUUGAAUUUAUUUCAAUAUUGUUUAAAAUGCAUACUAAACUAUGUGUCUAUAUAUACAAUUUGGUAUGUACUUUGGUUCUCUGAUUCUGUGGAAUCACUUUAUUUUAAAUUUCAGCAUUAAAUUAGAGAAAGGGAAUUAA